UAACUCCGACAAAACAUAACCCUAAGACAUAAGUGUUAGUGAAUUCUCUCAUUCUCUCUCUCUCUCUCUCUCUCUGAUGGAGAUCACACUCCUUGCUACGAUGUACGUCCUCGCGGCGGCCUACGCCGUGCUCAGCCUCGCCCGGGGCCUCCUCCGCCGACGCGGGCAGUGCUGCUACAUGCUCGGCUACGAGUGCUACAAGGCCCCCGAGGACACGAAGCUCACCACCGACGAGUGCGUCCGUGUCGUCCUCCGCAACAAGAACCUCAACCUGGAGGACUACCGGUUCCUGCUCAAGACGAUGGCCCGGUCCGGGAUCGGCGAGGACAGCUACGGGCCGAGGCUUGUGCUCGACGGCCACGAGGAGGACCCGACCCUGCCCGAUGCCCUCCUGGAGCUCGACGUGGUGUUCCAGCAGACGGUCAGCAAGGUGCUCGCCAGCACCGGGGUGGCGCCGCCCGAGAUCGACAUCCUCAUCGUCAACGUGUCGCUGUUCUCGCCGGCGCCGUCGCUGACGUCAAGGAUCGUGAACCACUUCAAGCUCAGGGACGACGUCAAGACCUUCAAUCUAGCAGGCAUGGGCUGCAGCGCGAGCCUGGUGGCGAUCCACCUGGUCCAGGAGCUCUUCAAAACGCAGGACAAUGCGGUGGCCCUCGUCGUCAGCACCGAGAGCAUGGGCUCCCACUGGUACUGCGGCAAGGAGAAGUCCAUGAUCAUCUCCAACUGCCUCUUCCGCAUGGGCGGAUGCGCCGUCCUCCUCACCAACGACCGCGCCCGGGCCAAGGACGGGGCCCUCAUGAAGCUCGGCAGCUCCGUCCGCAUCCACCACGGCUCCCACGACGAGUCCUACGGCUGCUGCAUUCAGGAGGAGGACGGGCAGGGCCACCAGGGGUUCCGCCUCACCAAGUACCUCGUCAAGGCCGCCGGGCAGGCCCUCGAGGCGAACCUCCGGAUCCUGCUGCCCCGGGUCCUCCCCAUCCACGAGCUCGUCCGCUACAUACUUGCCAACGCCCUCGCGGGCAACCCGUUCGCCAAGAGAAAGGCUCAGAAGGUCCGCGGCGGCCCAAGCCUCAACUUGAACCUCAAGUCCGGGAUUGACCACUUCUGCGUCCACCCGGGAGGUAAGGCGGUGAUCGACACGGUCGGGAAGGGUUUGAAUCUGAGCGACUACGACCUCGAGCCAUCGAGGAUGGCGCUGCACCGGUUCGGGAACACGUCGGCGGGCGGGAACUGGUACGUGCUGGGUUACAUGGAGGCGAAGAAGCGGCUGAAGAGAGGGGACACGGUGCUGAUGAUAAGCCUCGGGGCCGGGUUCAAGAGCAACACGUGCGUGUGGGAGGUGAUGCGGGAUCUCGAAAGGCCGAACGUGUGGGCGGACAGCGUCGAGGACUACCCGGCGGCCAGCCUCGAGAACCCGUUCAUGGACAAGUACGGGUGGAUCUACGACGACAGCCUCAACUUCGUCCGGCUAGAGGAGGCCGAGAUGGUGCGUUGAUUCGGGCAGUUGCCUUCGUAUGAAAAAUCAAAAGGUAAAAUUGGACUACAUGCUGGUUUUUGGCUUAUCUUUUUUUCUUUUUUUGGUGAACAAACAUUGUUUAUCAAACACCCAACUAGACAGUUCCAAAUGAUUCUGUAAUUGUAAGUUGGGCUCAGCGACUCUUGAUUCGUCUCAAUUGUCAAAGUAAUUAUCUUAUUUUCCUUUAAAGUGGAUAGAAAUAAAAUAAAUUUGCCA